GGGGACCAGAGAAGCGACGGUGGCGCCUCCUCCGUCGCUCCGUCCGUCGCCCCUACGUGAAACCUAAGCUCAAUUUUCUAUGUACUGAAGUGCUCAAAAUGAUUUUUGUGAAAUAGUGAAAUGUUAAAUAAUUAGAAAUUUUUGUUAAAUAAAAAGGGAAAGAACAUGAAUCGGAAAAAGUGUCGAGUGCCACCCGUGUGAGUGCCCCAUAUCCUUAGUGACAAAAACAACAGGACGGAAAAGAAAAACUUGUGCAGCUCCUCAAGGAACCUAACUCCUACUACACCUCUCCUAACUCCUCUUCUUCCUCCUUGUCCGCAUCCACUUCCUCUUCUUUCUUAUUCCCUCCUCCUCCUCCUUUACCGCCAUAUUAUCUUUUCAUUUUGUCCUCCUCCACUUUCUUUUUCUCCUUUUCUGUUUUCUUUCCAUCCUCCCAGUUUCUUCCUCUUCCUAUUCACCCUCUUAAUCUCGUAUCCCCAAGAGAAACCUACCUGAUGUCCACCCCAGGGUAUGCUGCCCCUUUUUUUUCCUCACAGGGGUAUAACUUUCUAUUGUAUACUGUCUUAUGUUCCCUUCACGUUUCCCCUCUCACACAUCCUGAGGGAAAUAAGAUUUAAUAUAUAUUCGGAACUGAGGCUCCUUUUUUUCUUUAUACUCAGACAAAGAUAAAUAAAACUUCACGAUCUCUCCAAGUGAUUUUCGUUCCUCUUUCCACUCUCAUCUUUCGCCUUUUAUUCAUUCUUGUAUUUUUUUUCCUGUCCAUUCAUCAUCCCAUUUCCUUCUCUCUGUGUCCUUAUCUUUCUGUCACUAAAUCAUUAAAAGCACCUCACACCCCCUGUGACCACAUAUAGGUGAGUAUCAUCACCACACACCUAACCUCCCCACACAUAACUACCACACACCUCGUAACCUCGUCACACCAUAACUACACACUCAGAUUUCUCCAUCACAUAACUACCCAUCUUUCCCUCUAGCACCUCACAACAAUACAUAUCUUUGAUGCACCACAUCACCACACACUUCCUUCCUUCCAGCACAAACACUCACUUCCAACAGAAUUCCACAAUACCAUGACUAUUGAAUCACACAAAAGUUUCAUGUUUUCGCUGCAAUAACAUUACUGCCAUCUUCAAUUCAAUCAUCUCAGCAGCAUCACUUUACAGGAAACCCCCCAGUGCCCUGAACCCCCCACCCCUCCUCCACAGAAACUCUACCUCACCCACUUCUCUACCCUAACCCAUUCAACACCCUAAUUUCCCUUUCCCACUUCUCUACAUUCAUCCCCACCAAUACCUCACCCUCACUCACUUGCCUACUUACAUUCCUCCAACACCUCAAUUUACCUUACCGAGUUCGUUAUUCUCACCCCACCUACAACUCAACUCCCUCACCCACUUCUCUGUCCUCACCCCUGUAACACCUUCCACUCUUCGUCAUUUACUCACGAACUUCCUCGAUCUGCCUUCACCCUCGAUACCUUUAAUUACUCACUCAACUACUUCCUCUUCACCCAUUUCCUCCCAGUCUCCUAUUACAAAGAUGCCACUUCCCUUCCGUCCGGUAGCACUUUAAGAGGGCAGUCUAACCACCCCUACCCUUCUUCCUCCUCCUCCUCCUCCCCUCUCCUCUACCCUCUUCGUCAGUAACGUCCACCUAUUCCUCUGGAGCAGCAGUCAGCGAUGAGAGCCUUGAUCAAGCACAACCACAAGAUGGAACACUUGAAGCUGAUGAGGUGAAAACGCUGAAGGAUGCGAGCGCAACGGAACAUCUUCGGCAGCAGCUGGAGAGAGAGAAGGAGAAGAAUCGAAUACUGAUGGAGAGGCUCCAAGAAAAGGAAGCCAGAGAGAGGGGAGAGAGAGAGGCAAGAGAGAGAGAACGACACACAAGGGAGAAGAGCUUCCCUCCAGGAGACAAAUCCCCCAGCCUGCCCCAGCGAAUAAGGAAACGAAUUAAUCAGAUCCACAAACCACAGUCCUUUGAGGUUGAUGAUGGAUCUCCCGGGCCGCCUCAGCCACUAAUCAGCGAGAAGACCCGCCUGCUUGGGGAAGAGCGGACCAAUAACAGACCAGGACCAGAGCUGCCAACCAGUCAAAUUGUAAAGUACGGAGGAGAAGCAGCCAAUCCCAAGUCAAGUUCUCCAUUUGAUGUUGUUGAGAGCCCUUCUCGUGGGAGGUUCGCCUGGAAGCGCCGAGGGCUGGAGAAGAGCAAGUCAUUGGACCAAUCGGAAUUUCUGGCCUCCCUGAACGGCACCACUGCCAGUAGUGCCACCACCUCUAGCAGCACUACCACCAGCACCACCACCACCACUGUAGGGACUGGCGCUGGCUCCUCUUCCACCACCACCUGCUGCGCCGCCUCCGCCACCCACCAUGCCUGGGUGUACGACGAUCAGCGUCACGACAGUGACUCUGAAGACGGGGAGAGAGGGAAUGAAUCCGACACAGGAUCCUUCCCAGCAGGAACAGCGGUGGGAGCUUUGGACGAGGCGGCCGUGGUGAGCCCGAAGGACCCGUGGUGGAGGAGGCUGGAAGUGCGGCUCGUGGCUGCUGUAGGAGAGAUCCUCAGGGAUUUCUCAGAAGUGGCAGAGGAAGAACUACCCGACGGAGACCCUGAAGGAGACCAGCUGUCUGUCAAGAAAUUAAAAGAGAACAUCCUGAGGUUCGGGUCGGUGAUGCGGCCUCUGACGGAGCUGUCGGCAGCAGUGACGUCUCUUCUGAGGUGGGAGUCGCCCUCAGCAACCCUCCUCGCCCUUGUCGUCUACCUUUAUAGUGUUCUCUUCGGCUGGGUCAUGCCCAUGGUGCUGCUCAUGGCUAUCCUCAGACUCUCCAUCAAUUACAUGAAGAAAAGAGGAUGGACACAGAAUUUCUUUCGUCGUCUGCGUCGUGAAGGUGUUGAAACAGUAGACACCACCAACAGUGAAACUGGAUUAGGGGACAAGUUUGCCCUGGUGUUGCAGGUAGCACGAAGGGUUCAAAACCAGCUAGGAGCUGUUUCCAAUGCUGCUGAGAAACUGAAGAACUUGCUGCUGUGGGAGCACGAGGCUACGCAGCGUCUGUACCUAUUCUUGUGGCUGGGCCUCCUAGCCUCUGUGCUCCUCCCCGCUGCCCAACUCUUCACACUCUUUGGUGUCUACCUGGGUCUCAAGUUUUUUGUUUUGGAUUAUAUUUUCUUCCGCUACCCAAGAAUCAGACUCAAGUACGACUCCACCUCUAAACUGUGGGAUACUCUCCCCACUGACGCUGACCUCGAGCGACGGGCAGAGAAAAAUCGAAUAGAGAACGGUAACUCCUCUCCUGAUCUGACGUCCUUCUUGGAGCUCUUCAGCCUACCAGCCACAGAGACACCCUUACCAGGAUGGCAGAGUGGUCGACGCUGUACCCUCGUCAACAGAGAUCGAUCCCUCACAUCAGCUUUUAAAAAUGGCCGCCUCUACCUCACCAACAGCUUUCUGUGCUUUGAGCGUAGCAAGAGUCAGUCAGUGAAGAACUUGAAACUCUCACUUAAAGAGGUACGGCUGGAGAAGGCGAACAGCUAUCCUUGGAUACCUGGAGGAGGCAUGGCUAUUGAAGUCUCUGUGGAGGGGACAGGAAAGGCAUUUUUCUUUGCUGGAAUCCUGAAUCGUGAUGAAGUGUUCGAUGGCAUUAUCGAAGCUUGCAGAAAGCUAGGAGCAACUUGGUGUGAUGCUGUGCAGAUGCAGGAGAAAGGAAAAGAGUCCAAAGACUCCAAAGAAAUUAAAGAAAAAGGUAAAGAAACGAAGGAUUCCAAAGAAGCAAAAGAUGCAAAGGAUACCAAGGAUUCAAAGGAUUCCAAAGAAGGUAAAGAUAAAUGAAAAUAGACCAAGAGGAGCUACUGCAGGAGACUGCUAAGCAUAAGGUGAUACGAAGUUUAAGCUUUGUGAAGGAAUGUGAACGUCUGGUGGUAGUCAUCGUUUAUUUGUUAAGAAAAAAACAUGGUGUCUACAGGCACGGAUCUUAUCAAAAGAUGACAGAUUCAGUGAUUCAGCAUCUACUGCUCUUCCCAAGCUGGGUUUCACACUCCAUUUAUAAUAUACAGAUCACUAAAUACCAGUGUAUCGUAAGAUGAUAUGUUGACACUUCUUUGAAUGAAGUGACAUGAACAGCAAAUGUUGACCAUUACUUUGAAUUACAGCAUUGCAAAUGUCUUUACACAACAGUGUCUUUAACUCUGCCACUUUUAGAUGUGCCAUGACUUCCAAGCAAACAUAUUAAUAUUAUCAAAUAUUUAUAUGUAAAUAUCACAUAAAAUUGAGCGAAUCGAAAAUAUUUGAUGGAAAAUGGAAGAGUAACUUAGUACUUUUUAUCCAAACGUGAUAGUUUGUCCAGAAUUUGAGCUGCAUUGACUGUUUAUAUCACUACGUGAUUGUUGUAGUAUGCAUUUAAUCUGUGUAUUAUGUGUAUUAGAUGAUGACAAUAUAAUGUAUAGAUAUUGUGUAUCUUAUAAUUUUCAACAAAUUUGAAAUAAAACGAGAUGUUUUACAUUAUUUUUAAAAAUAUUUCAAAUGGGUAGUGCACAAAUAACUAAAGGAGUCUUCUAAAACUGCCUAGUUUCUCAUUAACUAUUUAUCUGAACUUGAACGUAUUAUAAUUAAAUAAUGUUAAUAUUAAUAUUAAAUCAUAUUAAUUUUAAUAUUUUAAUUAAAGGGCAAAAUUCAUAUCUAGUGUGACUUGUAAAUAGAUAAAGCAAAAAAUGCUAUUUUUACAUAGGAAAAUUACUUGCAUUCAUAUCAUAAAAUAAGAAAUAGUGUAAAAUCUCCAGGUGACACCAGUGUAAAUAUGAAUAAGACAGACAUAAUAUAAUUUUCACUAUACUGUUUUUCCAGUAGAUCCUAAAUAUAAAAAUAUAUAACUUAUGAAACCAAGACACAAUGAUGCUUGACCUAAUGUGGUUUCAAAGUGUCUAUGAGGUAGAUUGUAAGAAUGUGAUGGGUUGCUAUGUAUACAUCCUAUACAUCACUAAGUAUAAUUUAUACACUAAAAAUGUAACAUGAAAUCAGAUGAAAGGAAAUGCGAUAUAAUGAGUCUUUGUAUGUUCUGUUAGAUUCUCAGUAACAUUUACUUCUAUGAAAUAACUCUUAGAUGAUUCUUCACCAGUCAUCUCUCUUGUACUAUUCGACUGGAGUCAAUUACUUUCAAAGGUAUUUUUGGAGAAGCUGUAAGGGUGUUGGAUAUAAAUAUUUCACAAGUACUAGAGAUGAACUUUUUAGUGUUGGAAAUGAAGUUUUUAAGGUGUUGGAAAUGAAGUUUUUAAUGUGUUGGAAAUGAACUUGUUAAAACUCUUGAGUGUAUUGAAAAUGUUCCAUUAUUGUUUUAUCCAGCCAUGUUUUUUCUGCCAAGCCUUGUGAAUUAAUAAAGUACAUGUAUAACGGUAAAAGAAACAUUUAGGAAAUAAUUUCAUUGACAUGGACUGAAGAGAAUACACUAGUCAUCAGGGUUUCUAAUAACUUUAGAGUAUCAUCCAUGCUGAUUUAUUUUGCAGGAAAACAAUGCGAGAAGCUUUUAACAACGUUGAUACAUUUUGUGUUUGCUGAAAUCAACCUAGUAUCACGUCCCGAAAAAUCUAUAGAAGAAAAAAGAAUUGCUUGGAUUUUUUUAAGCCUUGAUCAAACCGUGAGCAUAUAUUGGAAGAACUGAGCAUUGCAGACAAGUAUGAAGACAAAGAUACACUUCAGAACAGGUUUUUAUUGGGAGAAUAUUUCGCUCUGCGAAGUGCUUAUCAAGUCAUAACUUGACAAUGCUCUACACAGAGUUCUCACAUAACGUCUGGCCAAGUAUAGAGAAUAUAUGGAAAGCUUUGUCUAGUACUCGAUAGGAAAAAAAUAUAUACACGUCAUGCAUAGAAAUGAUUUAAUGAGGAACAGUAAAUAUCAAACACUGAAGGAUAUAAAAAUCACGAACAGCUCCUAGAAUAUAUCAUCAGAUUUCUGAAUGCGAUAAUUCUGUAUGUACACAUCAUUAUGUAAUCUCAUAAUCUUAAAUAAUUUAAAUGGAUCGGCAGAUUUUUUGGUACUUACUCAUGUGUUUAAUACAUAACAAUUUGAUUAUUACUGUCUGUCCCUCUUUUGGAAAAUAUUUCCAGUUACUUUUCCUCUUACUAACUACACCGAGUUCUUCUUGUUCUUGCUAACCACUUCCAGUUCGUCUUGUUCUUGCUACUUCCAGUCCUUCUUGUGUUUGUUAACUACUUCCAGUCCUUGUAUACUUGUUAACUACUCCUGGACAUUAAUUUUCCCUAACUUUUCAUCAUCUUGCCCAAAAAGAUUUCUAUUCCUUACAACAUUAUAAGACACCGUAUAUAACCUGUUACCUCUGCCUGUGAGACAUCGAUGACUCACGUGUCUGCUAAACAUUUGUUUUCUUACAUGUAAUUUCACACACCUAUAACAUAUGGCUGUCUCACAUAUAUAUGAUACAUUCAUUGGUUUAAAGAAGUUGCGUAACACCU